AAAAAAUCUGGAAAGCCAGAUUUAACUUUGCUGCUCUCGGCGCCUGGAGAGCGGAGGAAACUCUCCCAAGAAUUUGGCGGGCUGGAAAAUGCGUUUGAAGGAGGAGAAUCCACACCCACGGAAUGAGCCAAGGCGGUUAGAGUUAGAGGUCAGGUUUACUAAGGGACAGCAAGGGUGAAGUUGUGGGUGGGGAAACUCAGAUUUCAGCCUGAAGUCAAGACCUGAUGCUGCUCGGCAGGGUCUGGAUCUCUCAGCCACUUCUGUAAAGUGGAGUCAUUCAUUUACCCUCUCAUACAGCUUUUUAAAACACCUAUUAUGUCCCAGGAUGAUUCUCUUCCCUGAGGGAUGCAAAGUCGAGCAAGACAGUCCUUCCCUUUUAAGAGUGUUCUGGUCCAAGACAAAAGACUGAGCUGUAGGCACAAGUGGCUCUAAUAUCCAGACUGAAGUUUUUUGUGAACAAGAUGGUAUAUAAAUAACAGGAAUACAAGACGAAAAUGUGGGAAUAACUGCAGCUGUCAUUGUUGGAAAGUCCAGACUACAUGCAGGCCCUUCCUUAUUUGCCUUCUCCCUCUGGACUCUUCCCCUCUCCCCCCUGCGCCCAGCUGGGUCAUUCUAGCUCCUGUUACCUGUUCUUAUGGUCUCAGCUUAGGUGACCUUUGCUCUCUGGAGCCUUCCCUGAAAUCCUUGUGUCCUGUCCUCUGAGAGCCGUGGUCUUCGAAGACUGAGUGGUCAGCCAUAGUGCAGCCUGAUAAGUGCUCUGAUAGAGGGGAGCACUUGUACCCAGAGCCAGGGAGAGGUGUCUAAAUGAGAGGUCCUUUUUCUCUCCCGCCGGUCCAGGUGUUUCCUGUGAUUUAAUCUGCAGUGCUUCAACUCUCCUAAGGGUUUCUAGGUUAAUAUUUGCUGUUAUUUCCUAGUGUUUGCUGCACAGCUUGAAGGACUUGAUGAGGAUUUAUUGGGUCUCAUUCUGCCUGUAGAAUUAACUUACAUUUUGUUCCUGCAGAGCCAACCCCUCUGGGCUUUGAUUUCCUCACCUUGAGGGUGUUAAACGAGCAAUGGAAGAGUUAAUAGUUGAACUUCGUCUCUUUCUUGAACUCCUGGACCAUGAAUAUCUAACAUCAACUGUCAGGGAGAAAAAGGCAGUCAUCACCGACAUCCUGCUGAGGAUACAGUCAUCCAAAGGUUUUGAAGUGAAAGAUCAUGCUCAGAAGCAAGAGACCCCCAACAGCCUGCCGGCCCCUCCCCAGAUGCCUCUGCCAGAGAUCCCGCAGCCGUGGCUGCCACCUGACAGUGGGCCGCCACCGUUACCGACGUCCUCUCUCCCAGAAGGUUAUUAUGAGGAAGCUGUGCCCUUGAGUCCUGGGAAAGCACCGGAAUACAUCACCUCAAAUUAUGACUCAGAUGCAAUGAGUAGCUCUUAUGAAUCAUAUGAUGAAGAGGAGGAGGAUGGAAAGGGGAAGAAAACACGACACCAGUGGCCCUCUGAGGAGGCUUCCAUGGACCUGGUGAAGGACGCCAAGAUCUGUGCCUUCCUGCUGCGAAAGAAGCGCUUCGGACAGUGGACCAAGUUACUCUGUGUCAUCAAAGACACCAAACUACUGUGCUAUAAAAGUUCCAAGGACCAGCAGCCUCAGAUGGAACUACCACUCCAAGGCUGCAACAUUACAUAUAUCCCAAAAGACAGCAAAAAGAAGAAACACGAGUUGAAAAUUACUCAGCAAGGCACAGACCCACUUGUUCUUGCAGUCCAGAGUAAGGAGCAGGCCGAACAGUGGCUGAAGGUGGUCAGAGAAGUCUACAGCGGCUGCAGUGGGCCAGCGGAUCCGGAAUGUUCUCCCCCGUCCAGCUCCCCAGUGCACAAGGCAGAACUGGAGAAGAAACUGUCUUCAGAGAGACCCAGCUCAGAUGGAGAGGGUGUUAUAGAAAAUGGAAUUACUGUGUGUAACGGAAAAGAACAAGUUAAGAGGAAAAAAAGUUCCAAAUCAGAGGCCAAGGGAACUGUAUCUAAAGUCACUGGGAAAAAAAUCACCAAGAUCAUCGGUUUGGGAAAGAAAAAGCCAUCCACAGAUGAGCAGACCUCCUCCGCUGAGGAAGACGUUCCCACUUGUGGCUACCUGAAUGUGCUCUCCAACAACCGCUGGCGGGAGCGCUGGUGCCGAGUGAAGGAUAAUAAGCUCAUUUUCCACAAGGACAGGACCGAUCUCAAGACCCAUAUCGUCUCUAUUCCUCUCCGGGGCUGUGAGGUGAUCCCAGGAUUGGAUUCCAAACACCCCCUGACGUUCCGGCUGCUUCGCAAUGGACAGGAGGUUGCUGUGCUGGAGGCCUCUUCUUCUGAAGACAUGGGCAGAUGGAUUGGAAUCUUGCUGGCUGAGACGGGGUCCUCCACAGACCCCGGGGCUCUGCACUACGACUACAUAGAUGUGGAGACAUCCGCAAAUGUCAUUCAGACAGCCAAGCAAACCUUCUGUUUCAUGAACAGGCGUGUUAUAUCUACUAACCCAUAUCUAGGGGGUACCUCCAACGGCUACGCCCACCCCAGUGGGACGGCACUGCACUACGACGACGUCCCGUGCAUAGACGGCUCGUUGAAGGGUAAAAAGCCCCCAGUAGCAUCCAGUGGGGUUACAGGAAAAGGGAAGACUCUGAGCAGUCAGCAGAAGAAAGCUGAUUCCGCAGCCAGUGUGAAGCGGACACCGUCCAAUGCUGACCAGUACAAAUAUGGCAAGAACCGGGUGGAAGCAGAUGCCAAGCGACUGCAGACCAAAGAGGAGGAGCUGCGGAAGAGGAAGGAAGCCCUGCGGAACAGGCUGGCCCAGCUCCGGAAGGAGAGGCGGGACCUGAGGGCUGCCAUCGAAGUGAACGCAGGCAGGAAGACCCAGGUGAUUCUGGAAGAUAAGUUGAAGAGGCUGGAGGAGGAGUGUAAGCAGAAGGAGAUGGAGCGCGUCAACUUGGAGCUGGAGCUGACAGAGGUCAAGGAGAGCCUGAAGAAGGCCCUGGCUGGCGGGAUUACUCUGGGGCUGGCCAUCGAGCCCAGAUCAGGGACGUCGAGUCCACAGUCCCCAGUUCCUAGGCACCGGACUCUGGAGAACUCGCCCAUGUCCAGCUGUGAGACCAGUGACGCGGAGGGUCCAGUGCCGGUGAACAGUGCGGCCGUCCUGAAGAAGACCCCGCCGGCCGCCGGCAGCUCCCCCUGCCGGGGACACGUGCUUCGGAAGGCCAAGGAGUGGGAGCUGAAGAACGGAACAUAGAGGCCUGCAGGACUCUGCGGCUCGACCAGGCGCUGCCCCUCCGGAUGCUGACCUGAGCGCAGGAGCUGCCCCGAGGGCUUGGCAGCAGGCCGCCAGGGUUCGUGGUGAGCUGUGACGCCCUCACCCGGACCCGGCUCAUGUGUAUCCCUUCUACUGUGUAAUGGUGCCCUUUACAGAACUUGACUUGUAACACUUGGAUUUCCAACUUUAUUUGUUAAAAAACAAAAGGGGAUGAAAAGGUGUUAUAAAAGAAUCCUGUGGCAGAUGAAGAAGUUACAUCUUUUUACCCAGUUGAGUGAUUGCUGUAACCAGUUUCAGCACAACUCUGGACUGAAGAUGAACGGGGCAGUGGGCCCUGGAUGAGACCCGAUGGGCAAGCAGGAGCGUGGACUCGAGCGCCUGCUGGGGCCUCUCUGGAGGAGCGUGACCAGUGGGCACUGGGAUUGCUCAUCUGCCAGGAGGGCCCGGGACUUGUCUCUGCCACGUGAACGCAUGAACUUGCGUCUCAGCGGCCCCUCCCCACGUGCCCAUCCCCGUUGUCACCUGAGGUAAAGGAUGAGAAAAUCGUGCUGUGAAGCAUUUGUUACCUUUUAAUUUUUUUUCUGGACAGAUGCUUUUGUCACCAGGACACGAAAAGCUGCCAAUAUUUUUAAACUUUUAAAAAAUUUCUUUUUUAUUGUGUGUGGCACUUGGCUCUAAGGGUUUCUCAGAGGUUCUGUAUCCUAUUUUAUGGACGAUCUGAACUGCUUUGAAAGGCAGCGGUGUGUUUUUGAUCCUUCAGUGACGUGUGUCCUUUCCCCAAAUCCAGACCCUUUCUUCCACUGCAGGGCCAGCAGGUUGUCCCCUCACGCGGCGGCCUCACAGGGUCCUGGUUAGACUUACGUUUACAGGACCUGUACUGAUUGGGUUGUCACUCCUUUGAAAAGGAAGCAGGUUCUGGAGACUGUGCAGAACAUGACAUCUUAGAGCAGGGGAAGGGCCCCGCCCCUGCCUCUGGGUGCAAAUCGAAGCCGUGGCGGCCGGGGACUCAGGCCGGCUGC